CUCCUUUAUUGGAUUAGUACUUAGUGGUGGAAAAACAGUAUUUUUAAAUUAAAAAAAUAAAUUUUUGUGAUGUUAAAAAAAGUGUUCGAAAAAUCCAUCGUAACGAAAGUCUCUAGUCAACUAAGCUAUGUCAACUUAACAGAAAUAUUUUAUGAAACCAGUAAACGAGUUGGAAGUUCUCUCAAAGUGAUGUAAUUUUAAACCGGUCCAAUAGUCACAUUUUUUUUUCUUCAAGUUUUUUUUUUUUUGUAACAAUACUUAAAACACACGGGAAUUGCAUAAUCCAACAAUCAAACGAUAGUGGUGUAUUUUAUAAGUUUUUAAAUCAUGAUUAGAAGUGACUCGAAAUUUCGGGUAUAUCCGGCUCGUUAGUUCGUAGUGUAACCAUUCUCGCAUAGUUCAACAAGCAACUACACACAAAAAAACACACCAAAAUGAACUAUUUAAAAGAAAAAGUGUGAUCAAAAAGAACAUUUUGGACAUAUUAUAUUUUUGGAAAAAAACGAGAAAAAAAAAUCCUGAACACAUUAAGCAGCAAUAACAGAAAUUUCUUAAUAUACAUCUUUAAGCCGGUCGAAAUGAACGUUAUAACAUCAACCGGAAGUCCUACAGCAGCAAAUUGUAUGGCAAAUACCGUACCGGGUGAUUUGGUUAUGGACACUAGUCGUUUAUUCACAAAAACAAAAGAUUCCCAACUGGUUGUGGGUAGCUCACAAACAGUUUUGCCGGUGUUAAAUAUUGACUCCGAAAAUUAUAUGUUAAGAUGCGUGGAUUCGUCAUCUCAAAUAGAUGCGUCGAGCGAAAAUUCUAGAACGCGAUCGUUAAGUUUUACACAUGGCACAUAUAAAUUUAGUUCGGCAAAUGGAAGUUAUGGUUCACGACCGCAUUCAGUAUUUGUUAGUACGGCGUUGAUGAAAGGAACUCAACCAACUCAAGUAUCCACAAUUUCUGGCUAUCAUAAUAGUACGGAGGGUUACCGUCCAAACUAUCAUCAUGAUAUGAUUAAUGGUGGGGGAGGGAGUGUGUCAUCAUCGAUGGCAGCUCAAACAUUGAGCAGCUCAACAACAAUGUGUCGACCAGUUUUAAGUAGUGCCCCAGGUAUAUUGGGGGGUGGCAGUGGUGGUAUUUCAUAUUGUAAUAGUGCCGGUAGUACAACAUCUGAACUAAACAAUAACUCUUCAUCAAAUUCAAAUGCAGUUGAUAGUGAUCCCUUAGGAACCUUUUUAUUCGAUGGUGCUCCCGAUUCAAUAAACUAUUGUGCUAGUAUAUUCCCAUUUCAUAAUAUUUUUUGUACAUGUUUUACGUCUUGUUGUUGCAUCUGUUCGGCAGAUUGUCAUUCCUGUUUCCAUAAGUUGUGCCUAACUUUUGCGCCAGAAUAUGCCUGCCAAAAAAAGAAUGCAUCGUCGUUGCCGGCCGAUGUGUUUAUACAAGAAAAGCCAAUAUCAGAAUGGACCUCUACAAAUAUUGUCGAAUGGAUGGCCGCAUUAAAUUUAUACACAUAUGCAGAUGUAUUUAAAGCUAAAGAUAUUAAGGGCUCGGACCUGAUUCGACUCAAUAAAGAAAAGUUGAUGAAUAUGGGUAUUAAGGAUGAAUUCCAUCAAAAACAAAUACUAAUAUGUGUGGAAGAAUUAUGUAAUAAUCAACAGCAUUCAGAUAUAUUUGAAGGUGAUGAUCAACCGUUAAUAAACGUUGAUCAGCAUCUACAUCAGCAUCAGCAUCAGUAUCAGCAUCAGCAGCGUUGUGGUGGCAACGGUGGCAUUAACAUAAGUAGCAGUAGUAGUAGUAGUGAAUGUGCGACAUCUCAUAACGAUACCUUAGAAUCUGUAUCUGUAUCCACAGCUGAUAAUAAGUUUAGCCAACAACAGCAACAACAUAAUCUGAUACAACACAGUUAUAAUACGUUAAAACGGUGUGAUAAGUGCAAUAAAUAUUUGAGAGGUCUUUUUCAUCAGGGAUUCACUUGUCAAACUUGUGGAUUUGUCGCGCAUCGUAUGUGUUCAAAGUUAGGCAUUAAACGCCCCUGUAUCCCUACAAAUUUUGAAUUAGCUAGUAAUCCAGUAAUGCAAUCAAAAACUAUGUUUGGUCUUAAUUUAUGUGCUCAGUUUAAUCCUAGUGAGCAGCCAGCUCCAUUACUUGUAAUAAAAUGCACUCAGGAAUUUGAGGCAAAAGCUCGCAACAGUAAUUUAGAUUUAUAUAAGAUGUAUCGUUCAACUCCGUCUGCGGAACAAUUUGCCGAAUUACAACAAAAAAUUAAUGAUAAUAUUAACUCAGUUCAAUGGGAGAAAUAUGAUCCAAAUUGUAUUGCUGGUAUACUUAAGAAAUUUUUAAAGGAACUUCCUGAUCCGGUUAUACCCGUUCAAUGGUAUGAUCGAUUUCUCGAAGUGCUAACACUGCAUGACGAUGAACAAUCAGCGGCCGUUUUACGUCAAUUAGUAUCCGAAUUACCUGCUGCUCAUCAAUCAACGUUACGUUAUUUAAUGGCUCAUCUAUGUCGUAUUUGUAGACUUCAGCAUGCUAGAAAUCAUACAGAACCACCGUCUGUUCUUGUACAAGUCAUAUGUCAUAUUUUAAUGCGACCACCAUGGGAAAAAAUCAUCCAAGUGGUUUACAAUACAAAAGCUCAUAUAAAAAUCAUGGAAUUGCUACUAUUAAUGGGUGAUUGGGGUGAAAAAUUACCAGAAUUUUCAGCGGCACCAGCUUUACCCCCACGAAAAAUAUCCCGUACUCCCUAUAAUAACCCAUUGCCAGCUUUAUUAUCCGAAUUAGAAUUAGAUGCAAAAGAAGUCGAAAAAUCAACAAUAAAUUCUACAUCAUUACAAGAUGCCGAAUGGUAUUGGGGUGAUAUAACACGAGACGAAGUUAAUGAGAAACUAAUGGAUACACCAGACGGUACGUUUUUAGUACGAAAUGCUUCGACAAAAACUGGUGAAUAUACGUUAACGUUACGUAAGGGUGGUACAAACAAAUUAAUAAAAAUAUGCCAUUGGAAUGGAAAAUAUGGUUUUUCGGAACCGUUUAAGUUUAACUCGGUUGUGGAACUUGUGAAUUUCUAUCGGAAUGCGUCUUUAGCACAGUACAAUCCAACGCUAGAUAUAAAAUUAUUACAUCCGGUUUCACGUUUUAAUAUCGAAGAUGAUAUUACGAAUACAACGGAUAUUGAUAAGUUGACCCAAAAAUUAGUUGAGAUUCAUAAAGAUUUUCAAACAAAAUCGAAAACUUUCGAUGAAUUGUAUGAACAGUUUACAACAACAUUCCGUGAAGUGAAUUUAAAGCGACAAGCGUUAGAAGCAUUUAAAGAAUCGGUGCAUAUGUAUGAGGAACAAUUUAAAUUGCAGGAGAAAUUUAAAAAUGAAGCACAACCACAUGAAAUUAAAGGAUUAAUUGAUAAUUCAGAUACCAUGAAGUUACGUUUUCGAAUAUUACAGGAGAGUCGUGAUCAAUUAGAUGAAAAUUUAAAACAACAAAUUGAUUAUCAUCGAAGCUUAGAACGUGAAUUAACAUCUUUGAAACCGGAAAUUGUUAGUUUGCAUAAACAACGACAACGAUACGAAGGAUGGCUUAAAAGUCGUGGUAUGAAACCAUCCCGAAUUCGUAUGCUUCUCUACGACGAAGGUUCACCAGAUAGCAACACAAUGUUGGAGAGUGAUAACGAAGAUAUUGAUACAUCUUUACAUCAGAAUGAAGCGAAUUGGUUCUUACCAAAUUGUUCCCGUGAUGAUGCUGAACACUAUCUUAAAGGACGUCUGGAUGGUACAUUCUUAAUACGUCCUUCACGUCGUGCUGAUUACGCGCUAUCGAUCACAUGUAAUGGUAUCGUUAAUCAUUGUAUUAUUGAUAAAACAGUACGUGGUUAUGGUUUUAGUGAACCCUACAAUAUUUACGAUUCGUUAAAAUCAUUAGUUUUACAUUAUGCGCAAAAUUCACUCGAGGAGCAUAAUGAAACAUUAAAUACAACGCUUAGGUAUCCAGUUUUCGCAAAAUAAUAUUUUAUUUUUUUUGUUUUUUUCAUUUUUAUAUGUAAACAAAUCAAUUCAAAUUCAAAUUGAAUGUACAAGUGAUUUUAAAGAAAGCGGUUUUAAAAAUAUAAAACGAUUAUUUAUAUCUCGAAUAUUAUAAAUCCUUUUAAAUCGACCCAUUUGUUCUUAUAUAUAUUUCGUAUUACCUGAUCAAGAAUCUCGAAAUUAUCUUUCACGAAAUGGUGGUUUAAAAAAAUCAGUUUUGUUAAAAUUUGAAUAAUUGCUCCGACAAACACAAAGUGAUUUAACCAUCGCGGGUUUAAGGUCGCUUUCUGUUUAUCACAACGUUUUAAGUUUCACUGAAUAAUGUCAGUUUAUUUUACAUAAAUUGAAUAAUCGUAGAACAAAAAGAAAGCCGAAAUUAUUAAUUUUCGUGUACUCAUCAAUAUUUAUUUUAUCACCUUUCAACUCCUUUAAAAAAUUUUGUUUUAGAAACGAGGUUAAUCAUUCUAGUAAUUUUGGCUAUUUUUGACGAUCGAUCGAUUUUAUGGAUUUUUUGACCGUCUGUCAUAUCGAAGAAUCUUCUUUAAAUGCUUACAACGUGCGCAGGCUCGUGUAUUUUUAUGAAAACGGGCCAUAAGCCUUUUGUAACAUCAGAUAUGAAAUUUUGAUUUUUUCGAUCUUUACAGUUUAUGUUUUUCUGAAUAAUGUCACGUUUACAAAAAUUGAAUAGUCGUUGUAGAAUAAAAAAACGACAAAAAAAAAUCCGAAAUUAUUAAUUUUCGGUUACCAUCUUAAGAAAUUUGGUUCGACUUAAAACGAAUAAAAUGGAAUGACCUUUGUAGUAAAUUUGGCUCUUUUUGACGGAUUAUAUCAUUAUAAUUUUUCGAAAAUCUAAAGAACUUACAACUGGUGACCUUUCAACAACUUCUUACGGCAAUUUGAUUCCUUAAACUUCCAGAUUUGAACUGAAAACAAAAUCAAACUAACAUAAUAUAUAAUGAUACCGCGUUUCUAUAUGACGUAAUAAUAACCAUGCGCUGUCGCAAUGUUAUUUGUCUACUGUCUACCUUAAAUAUCGUCCACAGAAGUCUCUCUCAUUUGAAACAAUUUCGAACAAUCCAAUACUAGAUAAGUUCUGAAACAACGAUGUCAUGUCCUAGCUAUUUGAAUAUUCUCCAGGCUGUUUAUUGAACGUCGUCGUUUAUUAAAAAGGCUGGCUGUUAAUUAAACGGCUGAUUAGCUAGUUGACUGCGACAUAUAUUCCUCUGAAACGAAGAUAUCCACAAUUGAAUAAUAGUUUCAAGAGAUUUUAACCCUGUUAAAAAAUUUAGAAAAUCCAACUAUCAGUUAGCUCAAAUUUUAACCAAAUUGACAGACACCAUUAAUUUUAUCAUAUUUUCAAGAUUCUCUUAAUCGAAAAUUUGUAAAGUUUAAAAGGAUUUAUAAACAAAUUAUGUAUUUUUGAUGGUUCAGUGUGUGUUGUAAGUAGAUCUCCAUAAAAAAAACUAUUAAAUGAAGAAAAGUAGGCUUUAAAAUCAUUCGUAUAUGUUUUUUGGUACCUCGAACAAAAAGCAAACUUAAAAACAAACAAAAAAAAUGCAAAAAAAAAUUGAACAAAACAAAAAAAUCUAAAAAACUCAAAAAAAUUAAAAACUAAAAAUAAACUUUUUUCAUCGUCUUAGUGUGUGUAGUGAUUUUUGAUUUAAUUAAUUAUUCUGUGAUUUAUUAUUUUUUUAAAAAAGAAAGUAUCAUCUGUGUUUUUUCCAAAAAUUUCUACAGUCAAAAUCUGUUAUAAUAACAUUAUACAAGUUAUAAGCGUUUUUAUCCCUGCAGAAUAAUUAUAUUCCAGAGAGACGUGUUACUAGAAGCUUAUUUGGUGACUUUCCCACAAAAAAAUUAUCUUUUUUAGAGGAAAAAUUAAACUCAGUCGGCAAAGCCAGUUAAGGAACCUUUGUUCCUGAAUUACAUUUCUGUAUUGAGGACACUAUAAACCCUUAAUUUUGAUAUAAUUUGUUAAUUAUUGAUUCGUCCUCGAGACCAAUUCCAUUCAAUUCAGUGUCCCAAAAAUAUAAAAAUUAUUUCAUUUAUCCUCGGAUAAGAAUGAUUUUAGUGUAAUAGCCACUAAAUAAGCGAAUUCUGAUAACUAAUUGAAACUGAUGUUAACUACAUUGUAGGUGGAAUUUCGUAAAGUUGUUAUUUAUAAAAACAAAAUAAUACUUUCCAUUUACAACAGUUAUUCCUGUGUCUAAGGCCAUACUCUUUAUGAGGUUCAUGAUUACAGACCGUUUGAUUGCAUUUUUGGGUUCCUACAUCCAUGAAUAUGAGAGACUUCAUAUGUACAUGCAAUGUGUAUAAGAAAGAUAUACUAUUAUAUGUUUGUCUGUACAAUAAUUUAUUAAUUGAUAAUAUACAAACAUAUAUCUUUCUUAUACUCAUUGUAGGAUACACUCUCUCCUACUCACGAUUAAUUUUAAUCACGUUUCGCCUCUAUAACCGAUAUGUCGCUUUAUCCGAUAUCGCUUCAACGGCAUGUUCAUAUAAUGUAUUCAAAUUUGAAUUCAGCUAAGGCCAUGCCAAUUCGUUGUUAUAAGCGAUGGUUGUUAUAAUCGAUUUUUACUGUAUAUUUGUAUAUU